AUGCCGUUCGAGGAAAGUCAUAGUGGCCUGCAUAGACGACCUGAACUGGAUUGCACAACGUGGUGCGACCAAGCCGCCGAAGUCGAACAGACAAUUCCAAGCCGACCAGACCGAUAUGCGUAUAUAGUACUUCAGCGCUCAGUGCCGACCACUCCUGGCGUGACAGGACGUCAGAUCGAUCAGACUGAAUUCAGUAUGCACUCCAAAAGAACACUCGCCCUUGCGGCGUUCGUUGCUACGACCCACGCUGCAAAUGGCAUCAAUCAAGCAGCAACACAGCUCAUCCAGGGUUAUGAGAAGUUCAUGGCUCGUCCAUACAAUGAUGGCUACGGCUACUGGACUGUAGGCUACGGGCAUAGGUGCAAACCCAACAACGCCCAAUGUCAAGAUGUACAGUGGCCACUGUCCGAACAAAGCGCCCAACAGCUCUUUGCUCGUGACAUUCAGCAAUACGCCACCUGCCUCACCAACUCUCUUUCCAAGUGCUUGAACGACAACCAGUAUGGUGCCCUAGUGUCCUGGACUUACAACGUUGGCUGUGGCCAGGAUGGCAUGGCGGGGUCUUCCCUCGUCCGACGUAUCAAUAAUGGGGAAGACCCGAAUACUGUGGCUGCCGCGGAGCUUCCUCGCUGGAACAAGGCUGGAGGGAAGGUUUCGAAUGGUCUUGUUGCCCGUCGACGAUCGGAGGUGCAGCUGUUCCAGAGAGGAAGCAGUGCACCGGGUAACUGUGGUCAAGGAGGAGGCGGUGGUGGCGGCGGAGGAGGCGGAGGCGGUGGUGGAGGUGGUGGUGGAGGUGGUUAUUCCGGCUACUCAGGUUACAGUGGGGGAUCGGGUGGUUCGGGUGGAUCAGGAGGAUCCUACAUUGACGGUGGUUAUGGCAACAGCCCAGGUGACUACUCAGGUUACUCAGGAGGAUAUGGGGGCAGCGGUGGAAGUUCUGGUGGCUCAGGAGGCGGCUCUUACUCUGGUGGAGGUGGUUCGUACGGUGGAAGUUCUGGCGGAGGAGGUUAUGGCGGCUAUAGCGGCGGAAGCGGCUCCAGCGGAUACUACCGUAAGGCAGACAAUGACGCCCAAGCUGCCGCGGCUCAGAAACCCAAGCCAACGGAUGCUGCGACGGCACCAGCAUCAACUUCGAUCCUGGAGGAUGCUACGCUGCCACCCAUUCCAUCAUCGACCACUGCGGCAGACUUCACGACAUUGGUUGAGGCGCGGGCAACCGAUGCUGCGGCACUCGCACCCAAGGCAUUUGUUGCGUAA